AUGUUUCUCCAAGCCUAUCACUCCAAUCAUCUUAUCGCCAGUGCGGUGGGUGUAGUUUUGAAUACUUAUUUGAUGGUUGUGAUCUCUCAGUGCACUCGACAGGCGACUAAGCAAGUCAAUGUGAUAUUAAUGGCCUCAACAAUCAACGAUCUGCUUUUUAGCUUGUUUGAGCUGAUAUUACAACAUGUGAGUUGCAAAUUUGAGUGGAUGCUGUCAGGCUGUCGGGAAAAUAAUGUGGUUUUUUCACACCAUGAAAGGGAUUGCCUCGUCGUGCACCAAAUCAUCAGCUGCGUCUAGGUGUUGCAAAGCGAUAAUGGGCAAUUAGAAGGCGCGACGAUUCCACGUUAUUUUCCCGACAGACUUGUAGAAGUGGUUCUCGGACCGGGCCAAACGAAAUUUGAAACGGACCGGGAAUGAUCUCCUCCUAGCCACGCCGAAAUAAACGGCAAUAAAUCCAUAUUAUUUUCCCGACAUGCUGAUAUCAGACUGUCGGGAAAAUAAUAAGCUUGGUGUUGCUUUUCCGAUCACCUCGCUGAAGUGAAAAACAGUAUGAUUUUGCCGCGAGACAAUUUAUUUUCUCGGGCGGCCAUGCGAUUUUUGAUGUGACAGUGUGCUUAUGAUUUUCCCGACAGAUUGAUAGAGAUCGGUUUCUGGCCGGACGGGCCAGGGUUGCGCUCAUCCUGGCCAGGUCGUAAUUUCCGGCCCGGCCCAAGAGCCAUGUCUUUCCGGAACUAUUAUACUAUCAGUCUGUCGGGAAAAUAAUGAGCAUUUGCCGGUACAAGAAAGGCUGUGGCGCACCAAAUCCGCAGGGUCCGGUUUCUGGCGGGAUACCAUCAGUCUGUGGGGGAAAAAACGUGCGCAACGUUGCUGCGGCGAUCACGUCGCUGAAGUGAAGAGAAAUUUGAUUCAUUUUCUCGGCGGCGAUGCGAUUUUUGAUGCGACAGAGUGCUCAUUAUUUUCCCGACAGACUGAUAAAUACAUAUUCCAUAUUGACCAUUUUGCUAUAAUCCCCAAAUUAUGUCAUUCAUUAAAAAACGUCAAAUAUUCUUUUAGGUGAUCUAUCAAUCCGACGGAGUAAUGUAUGUCCUCAGCUUCGGCUUUGACAAAAAUGUCGGCCCCACGCUCCGUCUGGUCCUCGCGUACGCCCAUUAUCACGUCCUAAUCCAGGUGCUGAUCAUGCAAACAGCUGUUCACUGCUAUCGCUACAAAAUCAUCUCCCAACCAAGGUAAUUAAAUAGUGAUAAAUUUGCAAGGCUUACCGCUGUUUUAGGCCUCCCGCCUCCGCCGAAUUUUACCGAGUUUUUUUGUUGUGCUCUAUUCCGAACACUUAUCUGAGCCUUUCAUUUAUCGUGGCAUUGCACAGCGGGUUGAAGAAGGACAUUACGGAAGCAACGAAGAACUUGCCGCAGGCGUGGAAAAAUAGCGACGGGACGAAUGAUGUUAUCGCGGUCGUUAGCUGGGUAUGAAAUGACUUGGACAAGAGGAAUAUUAGGCUGUCGGGAAAAUAAUGUGGAUUUGUCGAAGCAAAAAAUUUUUUGUUUUGUCGCUGUCGCAGACCAAAUCUACAGCCACGGAUAGAAGUCGCGAUGAUGGCAGAUUGCAAGGCGCGACAAAUCCACAUUAUUUUUCCGACAAGCUGAAAGGCGUUUGUUCGUAAAGCCGCUGUAAGGAGUAUUGGCGAAUUACCAGGCUGUCGGGAAAAUAAUAAGUGCAAUUUCCCUUUGAGCGUUGCUGAAGUGAAAUGCAACGCGACACAAUUCGGCGAUGCGAUUUUCGAUUCGACAUAGUCCUCAUUAUUUUCCCGACAGACUGAGAAAUUUUCUGAAAAGUAUUUAUCCUUUCAACUCUCCACCUAAAAAUUUCGCUUUGAGAACUUCCCUGUACAAUAAAAUGUGAUUCCAUUUCAGACCGACCCUCAAACAAAAUUCUAUGUCCUGAACAACUUGCUGGUUGUGUCCGCCAUGACUGCCGUAUGUGUGUAUUACAUCUACAAGUGCUACAUGAGCGUCAACAACACUGAUUGCCUCAAGCUUUCAUUGACUACAAUGCGCAUGAGAAAUCAGUUCAAUCGUUGUCUCAUCGCUCAGGUAAUCAAUGUUUUUAGAGGGAUCAUUAUCCAUGCACUUUAUGAAAAUACUGAAAAAAAAAUAUAAUCAUAUCCCUACUUCAGACAGCAGUGAUCGCCGUGCUAAAGCUUGUGCCGUCUCUGAUGUUCUCCAGCACAUUUGCGUUGCGACUCCGAGGCGUCUAUUUGGGGACGCCGACCAUGAUUGGGCAUGUGUGGUUUGGGGCGAUCAAUGCGCUGAUCCCGCUGCUCUACAUCGAUGGCUUCCGGAAAUUUACAGUCAGAGUUCUGUGCUCGCAUUAUAACGUCAUAAGACGCCCACAUGAGCGUCUAAUAAGUGUCAAUUCCAAGAGUGAAAGGGCGACUGAUUUAUAACUUAUGUGUAUUAUAAAUUAAUAAGAGAUGUACUCCAAGUGCGAAGCUCAGAUUCUCGUGAAAUUUCGCGCACAUUUCGGGUAUACGCUACAUGUAAAUCGCUGAGAAUAUUAGCUUUCUCUUUGUAGGUGCGCCUGAGAUAUGAACGACCUUUGCGGCUGAGAGAGUACGCGAAACGCGGAAAGCGGUAG